GCUCGAACGGAGAUCCACUAUGUUCUGCGAUUCCGGGACCAGCGCCAUACGUCGCUAUAUAGAAUGUUCAGUGAUUUGCUGUGCCUGAGAUGAGCAGAAGUUGUUCACUUUCGAAUUACCGCGCUGAAGUUUUACUCUUUGAAGGUGCACCAAUAUGUUGAAGCCUCAUCCCUUGGAUCCCUUGACCGCGCUGGAGAUAAACAGCGCGGCAGCUCUCCUGAAGGAACAUGAAUCCGGUAACAGCAUACAUUUCAAGAAUAUUGAACUCCUCGAGCCUGCGAAGAAGCAGCUAAAGAAGUACUUGCGCGAUGAGAGACUAGGCAUCAAGCAUGGCUCUGACUUGGCUCGGCGCGUCUCGGUGCUUUACUACUACCGCGGGACUGCCAAGCUAUUCCGAGCUGUUAUUGAUUUAAGUGCGCGUUCCAUCGAGGAGAUCCAAUCGCUUAAUCCUCGAUACCAUGGACAGGCGGACAUGGACGAAGUCCUGGAGGUCCGAGACGUCUGUAUAAACCACCCGAAAGUCAUCGAGCGCAUCAAGAGGUUCAAGCUGCCCGAAAGUUUCACGGUGGUCUGCGACACUUGGCCAUACGGCCGAGAUUCUGCAGCAGCGACGCGACGAUUGGCACAAUGCUUCUUGUAUGCCAAAGAUCGAUCACACCCAGGAGCUAAUUCAUACGACAACCCACUUCCAUUCUCUCCCAUUAUCGAUUAUAUCACCAAGGAACUCGUAGAUAUCAUUGAGCUUCCAUGCGGCGAUGACCACAGCACUACUACGGACCUUGAGUAUAUUCCACACGAAGCUAAAGAAUGGCACCACGAUCUUCAGACUAAGCCCAAGCGCACAGAUUUGAAACCACUGACAGUUCAUCAACCACAGGGCCCAUCUUUCGCCAUAGAUGGACAUCUUAUCACUUGGCAGAAAUGGCGCUUUAGGCUAGGGUUCAACUGGCGUGAGGGUAUGGUCUUACACGAUGUUACGUACGACGGGAGGGAACUCUUCCAUCGAUUGAGCUUGAGUGAGAUGUUCGUUCCGUAUGGAGACCCUCGAACCCCUUACUCGAGAAAGAGCGUGUUCGAUGUGGGUGACAUUGGCGCAGGCGUUGCCGCCAACAAUCUAGCACUUGGCUGUGAUUGCCUGGGCUUGAUCAAGUACUUCUCCUUUGUGAUUUCGGACUCCAAUGGACGGCCCGUCGAGCGACCCAAUGCCGUUUGCAUGCAUGAGAUCGACGAUGGGAUUGGGUGGAAGCACACUGACAACGCUACCAAGCAAGUAUCGAUUGUUAGAUCUCGCGUUCUCGUUUUGCAGACCAUCAUCACUGUUGGCAAUUACGAGUACAUAUUUAUGUGGCACUUUGACCAAGCUGCCGCUUUGCACUACCGAAUCCAGGCCACUGGAAUCUUGUCUACUGUGCCAAUUAGUCCUGGGUAUACAGUUCCAUACGGCACGAAUGUCAACGAAGGUGUCAUGGCCCCAUAUCAUCAACACAUCUUCGCACUGCGCAUCGAUCCCGCUAUAGAUGGGGACGGUAAUAGUUUUGUGGAGGAAGAUUCAGUACCAAUGCCGUUCGACAAAGACAACCCAGUUGGCGUUGGUUAUAUUACCAAGAAAAACACGCUCCUUGAAUCAGGCUACUCGGAGGCUCGUCCGAACCGCGUCCACAAAAUCGUCAAUCCGUCUGUCAUCAACAAGGUAUCAAAGAGACCCGUUGCAUAUGCAAUUCACAGUCCACAGAAGGAAAUGCUUCUCGCGCAUCCCGACUCCUGGCAUGCGAAGCGAGCAAAAUAUGCGCUUCAACCGUACUGGGUCACUGCGCAUCGUGACAAUGAACUGUAUGCAGCCGGCGACUACACGUAUCAGUCACUCCCAGAAGAUGUUGAUCCGGCAUCGAUGACCGCUCCACCGCGUGGAGAUCUCGCCUCUUGGGCAGCAAGGAGAGACAACGUUGAUAACGAGGACAUUGUUGUAUGGCACUCUAUUAGUCUUACCCACAACCCACGGCCGGAAGAUUACCCCGUGAUGCCAUGUGAAACUAUGACGGUCAGUUUGAAACCCAGCGGUUUCUUCGAGCAGAACCCUGCUCUUGACGUACCGCAAAGCACUCAGCGAGCGAAUCGUAGCGUACUGUAUGAGCAAUUCAAGUUGUCUCAAGAAGAUUCGGGAAGAAGCUGUUGUGAGGCUAAAACCUCAAAGAUAUAAAUUGGCGGAAUCCUUUGGUGAAUUCAGUGAAACUUUUGGCGGCAGGACAUCUGGGUCAUUCAUCUCUGUUGAACCUCCAAGCAUAGCGAUAAUUCAAUUUUGCGUACUAUUUUUGAAAAAAUGAAGUUAAAGAGCCAUUGAAAGAGCCAAGCAAUUAAAUA